AUGUUCAUGGUAUCCGCACCAUCCCCAAUCACCCACUCCUUCUGUGGCCAACAAGCCACCACUUCACGUCAACAAUUUGCCAACGAAUGUGACGAGCUGGCCGCUCACGUACAGCCCAAAUUGUCAUCAGUCCGCAAGAUCUCGGCUGGUGGCCUUGGUGGUCUUCGCCGUACCGUCUCGUCCCUUCAAUCGGCCAAGCCAUGCCUCCUGAGCGACAUGGACAACGACUGUGUAGUUGAAGCCAAACAAGUUGAGAUGGACUUUGCCACCUUGACCAACCAAGCCUUCUACCUUCGUGUCAAGGCUCCAAAUGGCGAGAUCUCCGAGAGAAUGCCAUUCCCAUGCUACGGACAGACCAACCACUUCAGUCCAAUGCAGAACGGCUGUGGUCACGGCGACUGGGAGUUUAUUGUUGAGAAGGAGGUGAAGAAGAACAAGUUUGUGGCUGUCAACAAGGACAAGAUCUACCUGGACGGCGUUGGCACCUUGUUCUUCACCAUCGACGACAACCUGAAGGUGAAGUUGGCUUCGCAGGAGUUCUUGCGUCUUCCAUCGGCUUCGCAGUGCUGCUCCAAGGUUGGCCGCAGGUUCAAUUAA